GUUUCCCUUUGGGCUCCACGGUGCAGUCGGAAACCAAAGGCAUCUGGAUGUGUUGUGUGCCCCACCCCUCCAACCCCAACCACACCCUAGUCCUUCUGGACACUGAGGGCCUGGGUGAUGUGGCAAAAGGUGAUCCUAAGAAUGACUCAUGGAUCUUUGCCCUGGCUGUGCUUCUGAGUAGCACUUUCAUCUAUAACAGCAUGAGCACUAUCAACAAUGAUGCCUUAGAGAAACUGCAUUAUGUGACAGAGUUGACAGAACUCAUCAGGGCAAAGUCUUCUCCUAGACACGGUGGAGUAGAAGAUGCCACAGAGUUUGUGAGUUUCUUUCCAGACUUUAUCUGGGCUGUACGGGAUUUCACCCUAGAGCUGAAGUUAAAUGGUCACCCUAUCACAGAAGAUGAGUACCUGGAGAAUUCCUUGAAGCUGAUUUCAGGUUUAAAUCCAGAAGCUAAAAUUUCCAACAUACCCAGGGAGUGUAUCAGGCGUUAUUUUCCAAAACGGAAGUGUUUUGUCUUUGACCGGCCAACACAAGACACAAGUCUCCUAGCCAAAGUUGAGAAUAUUUUGGAAGCUAACUGGAUCCGGCAACAAUUCCGGCAACAAUCAGAUAAUUUCUGUUAUUAUAUCUCCACCCAUGCAAAGACCAAGACCCUCAGGGAAGGAGUCAAGGUCACGGGGAAUCGGUUGGGGACUCUGGUGGUGACUUACAUAGAUACCAUCAAUAAAGGAUCAGUGCCUUGUUUGGAGAACGCGGUGACAACUCUGGCCCAGCUUGAGAACUCAGUGGCUGUGCAGAAGGCAGCUGACCACUACAGCGAGCAGAUGGGCCAGCGAGUGAUCUUUCCCACAGAUACGCUCCAGGAAUUGCUGGACCUGCACGCUGCCAUUGCAAUCUUCCUGGAGCACUCCUUCAAGGAUGACCAGAGUGAGUUUCAGAAGAAGCUCACAGAAAUCAUAAAGAAUAAGAAGGAGAGUUUAUUGCUGAAGAAUGAAGAGGCUUCUGAGAAAUAUUGCCAAUAUGUACUUGAUCAGCUUUCAAUGGCCCUAAUGGAAAGUAUUUCAGAUGGAACUUUCUCUGUUUCUGGAGGGCACAAGAACUACAGGAGAGCAAAGGAAAGGAUUGAACGGCAAUAUUGGGAAGUACCCAGAAAAGGAGUGAAAGCAACAGAGGUCUUCCAACGCUUCCUGACAUCACAAGUGUCAAUAGAGAAAUCCAUCCUGCAGGCAGAUAAAGCCCUGACCCAAGGGGAGAAGGCCAUAACAGAGGAGCGGGCCAAGAAGGAGCAAGCUGAGAAGGAACAGGAGUGGCUAAGACAGAAGCACAAGGAGCAGCAGCAGCAGAUUGAGGCGCAAAAUAGGAGUCUGGAGGAAAACAUAGUCCAACUGAGAAAGAAGCUGGAGAAGGACAGAGAUGAGGCUCUGAGAGAACAGACAAGGAUACUGGAACAGAAGCUAAAGAUCCAAGAGGAAUUGCUUAACGAAGGAUUCAGGAAGAAAUCUGAUGAAAUGGAGGCAGAGAUAAAUCGUCUGAAAAAUUUGAUUGAAAGUACUAAAAAGGAUAAAACUCCCUGGAUUGCACGGGCCCUGGACACACUUGCUGAUGGACUCACUGCAACCCUAGCUAUCCCUGGUAAACUAAUUGGCAAGGGUCUGAAUGCUUUGAGCUCACUGUUUAAAUAAGAUUAGUUUUCUUUAAAGAAAAUUAUAGAAUGUGCAUAUAUGCUCUGCCCUAUUUUAAGUGUGGAUGGUUUUUAAAUUUACUCACAAAAGUUUUAAACAUAAAAGGUGCCUACUAGAGGAUUUUAGUGCCUGACAUACAUUGAUAGAUUGAGAGUUGGUUUUAUUCAUUUAAAUUGAAAAACAAGCAUCAAUUUAUAACAGAAGUUGGCAAACUUGGCCUACAGACUAAACCUAUCCUGCUGCCUGUUAUUGUAAAUAAAGUUUUA